GUGUCGCUUUUAAAUUGUCCUUCACUUGAUCACCCUUCACUUACUUCUGGUGCCAUUCAUUUUGGUUUUCUUUCGUGGUUAGUAACUUAUUCUAGUUCUUCGUCAUUAGUUUCUUUGUAA